AUGUUCCAAGGCCAGCGGGGUUGGUUCUGUCGCAGCGUUAGCUCGGAUCUGAGGCAGCUGUGGGUGGCAGAAGGGGGGACGAUCAGUGAUCCGCGGGCCGCCGAAUUCUUGUUCAGCUGUGACGCCUCACACCCAGACACGCGGAGAAUAUAUCAGAGCAUUGAUUACAUAGAAGAUAACGCUACAGUUUUUCAUGCCUACUAUCUUUCUGCAGUAGCUAAUGCUGAAAUAAAGAACUCAGUGGCAUUAGGUCAUUUCGUUCUUCCUCCUGCUUGCUUGCAAAAAGAAAUAAGAAGAAAAAUUGGUAAUUUUAUUUGGGAACAAGACCAACAUUCCUUGAUAGAAAAGCCAGACAAUUCUCCUCCCAGAGGCAGCCGAUGUUACCAGUUUCGUGCAGAUGCAUUUACUAGCAAAUUCAUCACAGAAGAGCAUUUUAAAAGAACUCCAGUUGUAGAAAAGCAGAUGUACUUCCCUCUUCAGAAUUACCCAGUGAACAACAUGGUAACAGGUUAUAUAUCAAUUGAUGCCAUGAAGAAAUUCCUUGGAGAGCUACAUGACUUCAUUCCUGGAAGCUCAGGAUAUUUAGCAUACCACGUUCAAAAUGAAAUUAACAUGUCUGCUAUAAAAAACAAAUUGAAGAGGAAAUACUAA